CAUUCCUGGACAUGGCUCACAUUCCACACCAGUGGAUUUUAGCUGCUAUGCUAAUAGUUUUAAAAGCAGCAUUAGCAUCACCAGUCUUUACUGGACCAGUGAAGACUAGAGGCAUUUGUCCAGAACCUUCUCAAGGACUGCAGGACGGAUCAGAACCUGAGCUCCUGUUUAACUGCGACAGUGAAAGUAUGAUUAUUGGAGUUUCUCCAACUCAAUACACUGAUGUUUAUCUGCUAAUAGACUACGAGGCAAAGAUUUUUGUCAGUCAGCUGCUGGAGGAGUGUGGUAAUGUAGAGCUGCAGUCCGGUCCAAUCAGAGUCUACUAUGAAGGCUGCUUCCUGAAGAACCUGCUUCGCCCUGAGAAUCAGCACACGGUGCAGCUGGGCUACUCUGACCCUGAGCUGAGUGAGGAGACCGUCCAAACACAAAGCUGUCCAAGAUCUACACCUGGAUCAAUGCCUCAGGUUCCUGCUGUUAAAUGUGAAAGCACAAGCAUGACUGUAACACUAGCUGCUAAGAAGCUAAUAGAGACCAGAUUUGUGGAUGUAAAUGAUGCUUCUCUACAAGAGAGCAUGACUGAGGAAACCAGUUUAACACACCGUAUAGAUGAGGAGAACCUCGUUAUCAAAGUGAAGAAUCACAUGAUGAAGGGUAAGACUGCGCUUCUGCUGCAGUAUAAUGAUAUAACAAAUAAACCGAACAUGGCAAAGGUGUUCUGUCCCAAAUAUCACACUAAACACCAAACCAGAAGAAAGGGUUACACAUGCCACCAUUCUGAUCACUUCCAUCAUGUCCUGAAACCUUCACAGUACAGUGAAUUCCCCAAACAGCCACUUAUUCAAUGGGCAAUGCCAGUGUUUAUCUCAGAAAAUUACAGGCCAUCUCCAAUGCUAAGCACAACUAUGAAAACACCUACAAAUGUGCAGGCCACUUCUAAUGUUGCCUGUACCCCUGGUAAUACUAUUCCAGUGGUUAUAAAUACUACAUCAACUAUGGGAACUUCAAUGACAACUAUAUCAUCAGCAACUUCUAAUGUUGUUUCGACAUCUGGGAAUUCUAAUCCAGCAGUAAUGACAACUAUAUUAAUUGAAGGACCUUCAACUACUACUUCAUCCCCAGCAACCUCCAAUGCUUCUUGCACACCUGGAAACACUACUCCAGUGGUAAUAUCUACUGCAUCAGCCGCAGGACCAUUAACAGCCACUACCUCAUCAGGAACCUCUAAUACUGCGUCCACACUGGGAAAUACUACAUCAAUGAUUAGUGAAAUAACAUCAACCGGAGGGGUUUUACCAGCAACUUCUGCACCACCAUCCAAUGAUGCAUUUUUUAAUACUGGAAGUAUGAAUACUACCUCAGGGGUUCUAACUACCACAUCAUUUGAAGAACUUUCAACAACUUCACCAUCAGCAACCAGUGAUGAAGAUGCUACUUCUGAAAAUACUACCCCAGAGGUCACAACUACUACAUUAUGUGAAACACGUUCAACAACUUCACCAUCAGCUUCCUGUAAUGCAGUUUCUAGUCAUAAGAACAUAACUCCAGUGAUUAUGCCAACAACAUCAGCAGCUGGAGUUUCAGUAACCACUACAUUCUCUUAUGUCCCCUCUACCCCUGAAAAAAAUGCUCCAGUGAGAGCAAGUACAGUACAUUAUUCUCCUCUUUCAGCAAUCACCACAACAUCUGCAACCACGAAUAAUGUCUCUACUCCUGUAAAUACUACUCUUGUGGUACUAACUACAUCAACUGCAGGACCUUUAACAACUACUGAAUCAUCAGCACAUGCUGCUGAAAGUACUACUCCAAUUCGAUUAUCUACUACAUCAGCUGCAGGACCUUCAUCGACCAGUACAUCAUCAGCAACCUCUAAAGCUGCUUCCACACCUGGAAAUACUAUUCCAGUGAUUGUAACUGCUACAAAAUCCCAAGAAGAUUUACCAUCAAAUUCUCCAACACAGUCCUAUGAUCCAUUUUCUUCUCCAAAUAAACUAUCACCAACUGCAGAAACUAAGUCUCCUACUCAAAGACCAACUCCAGAAGAACAGUGUAAUGGUCAGACAACUAAAGUUUAACCAAGCACCACAUCGAAUCUAGAAUGUUUUUUUUUUUUCUCUCCCAGACAGGUUUUGGGAUUUCUAACAUCACUCUUCUAAACUAUCAAAUUAUUAUUUUUUAUUUGUGUCUGUAACAUUAGGCAGAAGAAAUAAAGAAAUAAAGAAAUAAGCAACCAAAUUUCA